GCAGCAUCACAACAAACAGUAGUCGGCAGCAGAUUAGCCACACACCUGCUCACUCAUUCACUUGACAUCGAAAAGCCACCCAACAAACGCGACCACGCCUCACCUCAGAAGUGUCAUGAUCCCCCUCUUUCUUGUUAUUGGACUCUUGACCCUCGUCAUCAUCCUCACUCUUUCACUCUACCACCUCCUUCCUUUCACUUUCCCUUCAUCAACCCAGACAACCCCAUCCCAAUCACCACCACACUCCUCACAACACCAUCACCAUCACCACCACACUCAAACCCAACAACCCGAACAACCACCACCCUCUUCUCAGACCCACCACCAGAACGAGAGAAAGAACCCCCUAAAAUGACCCGCAAGAAGAAAUCCAAAGCCCGCAAGAUAAUCACCAGGCGAGGAGAUCUUCCCAAGAAACCAUCACCCCCGCAACCGCUACCGCUACCACCACGACUACCAGGCCCGAUCCCCUCCAUCGAAACACCCACCGGUCUAGCUCGGGCUCCAGCUCCAGCUCCCGCUCCAGCUCGACCAAACGCGACCAGCCCACCCCCGAAAUCCCACUUCGCAUUCUCCUGGUGGCGUAACCCAAUGGGAAGCGAGAUGUUGCGCGGUCAGCUUGCUCACGGCAGUAGUGGUCAGCUUAGCCAAAGCAAUAGGGGUCCGAUUCCUCAAGGCCAUAGU